AUGCCGUGGAUGGCAUGGAUGUUGCUGCUAUUGCCAUUAGCUGCAUGGGCAACCACUGCCUCUAGCUCCUUGGUGGCGAAGCCAGGCUGCCAGGCCCGAUGCGGCGGCAUCGAAGUCCCCUACCCGUUCGGCAUAGGCGCCGGCUGCUUCCGCCCGGGCUUCGAGAUCGUCUGCAACAACAUGACGCCGUUUUUGCCGGACGCCACCGUCGCAGGCCGAAAGCGCCUCGCCGAGCCCGUGCGCGUGCUGAGCCUGAACCUGACCGUGAAAGCGGGCGCGCGGGUCCAGGUGCAGCUGCCUGUGGCGUACAUGUGCUUUGACGCUGCCGGCAACGAGAUCGCCGGCAGCUUCGACGGCAGGCUGACGGUCAACAAGGAGCAGGUGUACCGCAUCUCCAACACCUUCAACGAGCUCUUCGUCCUUGGCUGCAACACCCUCGCCUACGCCGGCAGAGGAUCGCGUUCGAACGCAACAUCGGACGGCUACUAUAGCGGGUGCGUGGCCUACUGCAACAAAAAACAGAGGGCGCGGAACAACAAGUGCGACAGCAUCGGAUGCUGCCGCGUCAACAUCUCACCGUUGCUCACCAACACCAGGAUGAGCUUCGGGAAAUGGUCGGAAGCGCCUGUUGACAUCAGGCGCCCCUGCAGCUACGCCUUCAUCGUGCAGAAGAACCACUACGUCUUCAAGGCCGCCGACCUGAACAUGACGGCGGAACAGGCCAAGCGAUGGAGCAUGCCACUUUGGCUCGACUGGGCCAUCCGCAAUGGUAGUAACUCUCUGCGGUGCCCCCUGCUGAGAAAAACGUCAGAAUACGUUUGCUUGAGCAACCACAGCAAGUGCGUGAAUUCCACCAAUGGGGCGGGAUAUUUCUGCAUAUGCGAGGAAGGCUACGAGGGCAACCCAUACCUUGACAACGGAUGCACGGAUAUCGACGAGUGUAAACAGCCACAAUUGUAUGCAUGCUUCGGCAAGUGUACCAACAGAGAGGGAUCUUUCGAGUGCACGUGCUCACACGGAUACCAAGGAAACGCCACCCACAAAGAUGGUUGUGUCCAGUCCAUAAACACAGGUUUAAUCAUUGGCCUAUCAGUUUCUAGUGGCCCAACUAUUCUAAUUUUGUUUCUUGCCUCAAAGAUAAUAGUACGCAAGCUUAAGCAUCAGAAGGAACAGAAGUUGAGACAAAAGUUCUUCAAUCAAAAUCGUGGACAAUUGUUGCAAAAAUUGGUAUCUCAUAGGUCAGAUAUUGCAGAGAGGAUGAUCAUCCCACUAAGGGAUCUAGAAAAGGCCACAAACAAGUUCCAUCCAACUCGUAAGCUUGGUGGUGGAGGGCAUGGUACCGUAUACAAAGGAAUUUUAUCAGACUUGCAUGUUGUUGCAAUCAAAAGGUCAAAUAUUGUGGUCAAGAGUGAGAUUAACGAGUUUAUAAAUGAAGUUUCCAUACUCUCACAGAUCAAUCAUAGGAACAUUGUAAAGCUUUUUGGAUGUUGUCUUGAGACAGAAGUCCCCUUGUUGGCUUAUGAGUUCAUUUCCAAUGGAACCCUAUGUGAUUAUCUUCACAAGAAACCACUAAGAUCAGUACCUUGGCGAGACAUAUUAAGGAUUGCAGUAGAAAUUGGCAAAGCCCUUUCUUACCUUCACUCGGGUAUUUCUGUCCCCGUAAUACACAGAGAUAUAAAGUCCACCAAUAUACUUCUUGAUGAUGCUUUGACAGCGAAGGUGUCUGACUUUGGAGCUUCAAGGUACAUUCCUAAAGAUAAAACAACAAUUACAACAGUGGUGCAGGGAACGUUGGGAUAUUUAGAUCCUAUGUACUUUUAUUGUGGCCGUCUAACAGAAAAAAGUGAUGUUUAUAGCUUUGGAGUUAUUCUCAUUGAGUUGCUUACAAGGAAGAUGCCAAUUAUAUAUAGAUCCUCCACUGGUGAUGGGCUAGUUGCACAAUUUGUUGAACUACUUGCAGAAGGUAAAUUGGUAGAAAUACUAGAUCCGCAAGUAAUUGAGGAGGGUGGUACCCAAGUUGAAGUGGUAGCUUCUCUAGCUAUGUCGUGCAUAAAGCUAAGAGCAGAGGAGCGACCAACUAUGAGGUCAGUGGAGAUGACACUAGAAGCACUUCAAGGACCCAAAGAACAUUUUCGGAUUCGGGAUGCAACAUACGAGGGGAGUUAUUCGGCAAUGAGAUAUACACCACCAGUAAGAAGGGCAAGCUUAGAGGACACGAGCAGGCAAUAUAGUCAAGAAGAAGAGUUUGUGUUGUCCGCAAGCUACCCUCGAUAG